CAACGGUAGUGCGUGCAUUCACACGAGUGCUGAGACAACGAGAACUGUGAGAUUUUUGACAAGUUUCGGCAAAUUUCGUGGGAAGGAAAGCAAAAUGUGGCCACUUCUAGCACUCUUCCUCGCACUUCUAUCACCAACAGUCCUGUCCCUAGAAUUAGAAGUUUUAAACGAAUGGAACUUGUUGGACCUCAAUAUUCCGUACGAUUACGGUUUAAUCAACAAUUUUAGGCCCGAGACUAACGUGUUCACUGGACUUGAGAUAACUAAUGACAGGAUAUUUUUGUCUAUUCCACGGUUAUGGUCAGGCGUCGCUGCCACUCUGACCGUGAUUCCUCGGCAUACGCCUCCUGGUUCCAGUCCGCGCCUGGAGGCGUAUCCUAGCUGGGAUUUCCAUAAGCUGGGGAAGGGGCAGAAUGACAGCUGCGAUGGGCUCACUUCCGUGUACCGAAUGAGGCAGGAUUCUUGCAACAGGUUAUGGGUUUUGGAUGCCGGCGUCAACUUAUCCCUUGAAGAUUUCCAGCGAAUUUGUCCACCAAAACUGGUGGUUUUUGAUUUAGCCACCGACCAAGUUGUCAGAACUGUCGUUUUCCCUCGGCAAGUACUUAGGCCCAAUUCGCUUCUAGCUAACCUCAUUAUAGACGAAACAGCACAAGGGACCUGCGAUAGCGCUUUUGUGUACAUGGCAGAUACCGCAGCUCCAGGAAUGGUGGUGUAUGAUGGAGCCCGAGACACCGCAUGGCGUAUAAUGCACCCUACCAUGUUCCCUGACCCCGAUUUCUCCGACUAUACCAUUGCUGGGGAAAGAUUCACCCUCAUGGAUGGAGUAGUGGGUUUAGCCUUUUCCCCGAAAUUAUCCACUGUGUACUUCCAACCAUUAGCGACCGACAGACUCUUCAGCAUACCAGCUUCUGCUUUGCGCAAGGGACCUCCUUCCCAAGACGAAGAACUGCCUAUUACCCUUGUUGGUAAAAAAGCAUCGCAAGGUUUAGGUCUAGCUCUGGACCCAAAAGACGACACGAUCUACUUCAGUCCGGUCAGAGAAACUUCAGUUGCCGCUUGGAAUCCAGUGACCAAUCAACAAAAAUUGAUCGCCUACGACCAAGACAAGCUUCAGUUUGCCGCAGAACUAAGAUGGCGCGAGCAGGACAAUUCUGUUUGGUUGCUAAGCACCAGGUUCCAGAAGUUCUUCAGAAGGACACUCAAUCCCCAAGAUGUCAAUCUGAGGAUAAUUCGUAUCAGUACCACGCCUAGUUUGCAAACGGGAUUAACCAACAAUUUAUAUUUUUAAGUAAAACUCUGCAAUCACUACACUUUGAUGACUAAAUUUCUAAAUUAUUAUUGAUAGACAGAUAUAUAUUUAUUUUUUUAUUCUAGCUAUGUACAUGCACUGUAAAUUUACCCAUAUCUUGACUGGUCAUAGGAGUGUAUAUAAAUGUAAAUAAAAUAAAUUU